CUCCAAUAUCUUUAUUGUGCUUUGCUCUGCAAUCUAUUGAAGGCUGCAGUCAUCCAUUGGUUGACAGAGCGGAGACGCCGCGCAGGAGAAGCCGGGCGACGGGGUAGCGAAAAGGCGCGGACCGACACCGACUCUUCCGGGCACGGCCUCACCGAGGGAUGUGUCGGAUUCGCCGGGCUGUGCGCCUGGGCAGACACCGCAGAGACCCUUCUGAAGAUCUGACUCCUGUACAUACAAAUAGGAAAUCUGUGUGAAACUCACAAGAGGAACCAUGCUAACCUUAGAAAGCUCAAGAGAGCCUGUUCCUCUCACGGCCCUCUCCCGCUGGUACCUCUACGCCAUCCAUGGCUACUUCUGUGAAGUGAUGUUCACUGCUGCCUGGGAGUUUGUGGUCAACUGCAACUGGAAGUUCCCCGGUGUGACCAGCGUGUGGGCCCUCUUCAUCUACGGCACCUGCAUCCUCAUUGUGGAGCGGAUGUACCUGACGCUGCGCGGCCGCUGCCCCGUGCUGCUGCGCUGCACCAUCUACACCCUGUGGACCUACCUGUGGGAGUUUGGGACGGGGCUGCUGCUUCGGCAGUUCAACGCCUGUCCCUGGGACUACACCGAGUUCCGCUACAACUUCAUGGGGUUGAUCACGGCCGAGUACGCCGUGCCGUGGUUCUGCGCCUCCUUCAUCGUGGAGCGCUUUGUCAUCAACAAAACCCUGCGGCUACGCUUUCACGAAGGGCCCGAGGACGGCUGGUCAAACCAUCGGCAUGAUGCUGGAGGAGGAGGAGGUGCUGGAGAAACUUUGGAAGGCAGCAGGCAACGAGAACAAAGGAGGGGGAGUGGCUUUAAUUCAAAUGGCUACCUUAAAGUUGAUUGAGUCGAUUUGCAGGGGACUCUGUCGCACCUCCUUGACCCGCCACUGGCACUUUUCCAUAUGCAAUCCUCACCCUUUAGUGCAUGGGAUGGAGCGACAGCCAUCAAGAAUAAGUUAGUUAGUGCUAAGGAAGUCAGAAAACAAAUGUCUAACCGAGGCUUCACAUCCCAAAUACUCACCAUUGUUAGCUAAACAGGGACUCAAAAUGCUCCUGUUAUUACUGCAUUUCACAUUACAUCCACCCAUUUACAUGGGAAUGACCCUUAUGCUAGGAUCUUCAGUGACAUGGACUAAACUUUAAAACUCCUUCUUGGAGCUCAGAAUAUAGGAUAAAAAUAAAAAAAAAAACACUUUUGCAGAGAUUAGUGUUAUUGUUCUGUAAAACAACUUCUUGGAAAAAAACCCCAAACAAACAAAAAAAUACAGUAUUUGUGUUAUUUAAGUAUGCACCAAUCUAUGUAAGAACAGUUCUCUUGCCUCAGAAAUGCUACAUGAAAGCAGCACAGCCACGAAGUAUAAUCUAGACACCCAAAUGCCGGACUUUCUUUAAAUUCAAAGGAAUGUGUUAUAUUUAAGAUGAUUAUUAAAAUGCAAAACGACACCCAUAGCUAUUUUUGUCAGUGUAGAAAAAAACUAUGAAGAUAUGAGGAAUUUUGUCACGGUCAGGUCGUAAUAAGUCGCAUGACCCUAAUAUUAGGGUCGCAUGUGCAAUUUUUUUAUUUAUUUAUUUUUUUUUGUAAUUCAAUCAGCCUCUCAUUAAGCAGCAGUAGAAGUGCUGCUUUGGGUGUUACCAAACUUUUUUUUUUUUUGAAGCAUCCAAAAGAGCCGGCCUCUACUUCCCUUCGUCAAAACGGUGCACAUUCACACACGCACAUGCACGCACUCGUACAGCCAAGUCAUUGAUUACACGUGAAAAACUCUUUACAAAAACAUGCGUCUUUAAGGAAAACCUAACAGUCACCUGAGUCUUAAAAACCUUGGUAUGGAGGUAAGUUGUCAGGAUGUGAAGUGAAGUCUCUUGUUUAUUCUCAUAAGGUGCUAAAGUUUAUAAUAGACACAAAUUAAGCUAGAUACUAGCAUGCGCUUUAUAAGAAGACACAUAACCAUGUUUCUCUCACUGUGUGAUAUUAAAUCAGACUAAUCAGAACAGAAUAAUGAUCGAUCAAUAAUUUUUUAAAAGAAUAUCCACAGGUUCACGGAUAUUUCCUCAAUUUGUGUUAGAAGAUUCCCAAGCCACGAGGCCAUUCUCAAUACUUGGACUCACUACACGUAAUCUUGGAGCUCUAAAUUUGAAGAAAGUUAUAGAAAUAAAAAAUCUCUUUCAUUAUUCUGGUGCUGAUAAAAACUAUUUGGGUGGCGCUAACUGGAAACAGGGCAAGGCGAGUCUGACGUAAUAUCAGAGGAUAAGAUGAAACUGUCUUGCUUAUACAGUUGAUGUGAAUAUCUGGUUUCUAGUUUAGUAUUAGGGGAGAAUGACCUGAAACUCUGUGUUUGCAUUACACCCGUCUUCAGAGCGCCGUGCAAUUUUGCCAAUUCGUACUCUUCUUUCUCACACAGCCAGUACCAUUUGACCCAGAACCACUUCCAUUUGGUACAGGACCAUUCUUGAUCAAUUUAUUGUCUUGGUAGUUAGAAAUUUAUGAACCUCACUUAUGAUUUGUUUAAUUGCAUUUUAUUUUCUGAAGAUUUUAGAGUAGGAGCAUUAACACUGGUCCAGAUCCCCGCUUCGACCGGUUGACUUCAGUGGAAAAGGAGCGAUCAUGAGGCUCAGAUAUUCUGCUAGCGGUAGCUUUUCCGAGUCAACUUAUGGAUGUGAGCUUAUGGAUGUGAGAAUUGUAAAAAUCGAACAUUCGCUUUAUUUCUUUUUAACAAGAAAUGCAUCCAUUUUUUUGGUUUCAGAUUUGUAUUCGCCAGUUUCAUACUGGGUUUGAGAAGAGAGAAUUUAACGUGUCUUUCCAAACUCUAAUCAUAGCAUUGUGAGAAAAUAUGACUUAACUAAACAACAACAUACAGAAGGUUGCUCAUUGUUAGCCUGCUUUCAUUGAUGUUUGAGUCAACCGGCCUCAAUGGGAAUCAAAACCAAAAUGCUUAGAAGUAACAAAAAAUACGUUUAUAAACUAUUUAAAUUAUACAUAAGAUUUGGGCAUUUUCUGACCAUUUAUCUACAGUAAUACACAAAAACACUUGACUACAAAAAAAUUAUAAAACAAUUUAGUCUUGGUAUUAUUUAUACGGAUGCAUGAAAUGGGUAUGGUUAUGGUUAUGAAAUGACUGUAGAAAAUUACUAACGUAGGUAACGUGUGUGUGUUGUGUGUGUGUGCGUGCGUGUGUGUGGAUUGAGGGUACGAGUUGGCAAAGGAGCGAUUAAAUUAACACUGUUAAUGUUUGCUUUUCUUUUGCGUGAUAUAUCUCCAAACUUGUCGUCUUCCCGCCAACAUCACUCUUAAUGUGAACGUAAGCGUUGACGUGGUGUGACAGCAAAAACCGUCCCUGUGAAACACUGUGGCCGUCGCACCACACCUAUUUGUGUGAAUUAAAAGUCGCACCAGGCCAAAUUCAAUUUCUUUGAUAGAGGCUUUCGAGUCGCUUGAAGGUUACACCCAGAAACACUUUGGCUAAUGUUCACUUGGCAGCAUUUUCAUCGCACUCUACAGCAGCGGACCUUUAAGAAUGUAUCCUCCCCCAGAAGCAGGGUUCAUUUAUUUUUUCACUUUGGUUCUUGAGGAUCACAUAAAAAUAAAAUAAAAAAAAAAAUACAUGGAAAGGUCUUUCAGCCCAUUUAUUCAGUCAACAACCAUAAUGUAUGUCUGACAAGUCACUGUGCUGCAUGUGCAAAUAGAAUGACAGAAGAUGCUGGUUAUCAGCGAAGGUCUGCGGUUGUCUUCUCUUAAAGCAUGUUGAAGUGUCCUUGAGCCACACGUUGAACCAUUAAACUGUAAGUAAGCAGGUCAUGGCUUUGCAUGGCUGCUUUCCUACUGUGUUUUUAUUUUGUGUGUGUGUAAUUGGACAUAUAUGUGUGGGUUUUAUUUAUUUAUUUUUUGGUAAAUAUGGGGAUGAUAAAUAAAGUGAUUCCUCUUGACAUCAUUUCUAUUACCUAUAUGCUAAAGUCUGUGAUGACUGUGAGUCAUGGCCAUCAACAUAAAAGCCUUUUGCAAUAUCUUUUAUCUAUUUUUUAAAAAGAAUUAUCUUGUGUGUCUCUGUCUGCAAUUACCUCUUUACCACAUAAAUCCUGUAUGUGGUUUGAUUCCACCUUGAGUACGCCAAAGACUUAAAAGUCUUAUGUGAUGAGUGUAAAAAACUCAUCCAAUUCACAGAGCCUUCCAAAAGCGUUGGCAUUUUUUGCGAUUACAAAAUUCAGUGUGCUUUGAUGGGGGUUCAUGUGAUAAACCAACACAAAGUAGUCAUAAUUGUGCAGAGGAAUUAAUGCAUUCUGUUCAACCUGUUUUACAAUUAAAACAAUUACAUAAAUGUUUGCUAGGAGGAAUAAGUAUUCAACACUCUUUACUCUGACACCAGAAGAGGUGCAACUUAUUGCCUUCAGAAGUUGUGUGUGUGUGGGUGAGUGUGUGUGUGUGCGUGGGUGUGGGACGGGUGUGUGUGUGUGUAAUCGAAUCUCAGUAUAAAUACAGCUGUUUCUGUGAAGGCCUCAGAUGUUAUGUUUCUCCAAACCACACGCCACUUCACAGUGACGGUAAAGACAGAUUACAAGAAACACAUUUUCAGAUUUCGACUCGCAAACUCAUGCGACAUGCUCCUUUUGUGUUCGUCAGUCACAUGAAAUCCAGGUAAAACAUGUUUGGUGCGCAGUCGCCAUAAAAGGCUCUGUAGACACCAUGAGCAUAUUGCUAGAGAAUUAAAAAGAAACAAGAAACCUUAAAGAGUAACAUCAGUAGUUGUAAAAGACAUAUCAAGAACAUUAAGCAUGUUUUUUUUGGCUAGAAUAUAAAUCCUGACAGACUCUUUACUAAACAUGUUCCUGGGAAAGAAAAGGACAUUACUGAACCAGACCUAAACUCCAAAUGUCACAGAAGACUCUAGAUAAACUCAAUAAAUAAUAAUAACAAUAAUAAAAAACAUGACCCAUUUUAAUGUUUCCACAGUUCUGCUUGACUAAGUGAACACUACGACCUUCUCCUGUGUUGAUGCGUUAAACGUGGAGUUUUCUCCUGAGAGAGCUGCUCUGCAUCUCAGAUGAAGUGCUGCCACCUAGUGGUGAGUGGUGCGCUAAACAGCCAGUGUUUUUGUUCUGCACUCCGCCGUCGCAUGCGUUGUCCGUUAGGCUUCAAAGCAAUACUGUAGAUGCGAUUAUUACCCUUUUCUAAAGGAAACGUCUCUGCAUAAUUCAUAUGCAGUCAAUAUCUUAACUUGCAAGCCUAAAUGUAUUCUCUGCAAUAUGUGCGUGAAGGAGCUAUGAGUCCAGCGGAGACGCUCGUCUCUGAGUUAAGUGCAUGAAUAAGAUGUUAACAGUGAGCUGGGUGUCUGGUGUUGUUUGUGUUUUAUUUUAUUUUAUUUUUUUUAAAUUUUCUCUCUGUUUGAAUGUGCAUGUCUAAAAGCAGCUCCACCAAACUCCUGUGUCAAGCUGCUGAUGAUUGAUCUUCGCAUUAUUUUUAUUUAAAGAAAAAAGAAAAAGAAAAAAAAGUCCAAAUAGGAGCAGGAGAAAUCUGUACUGUAUAUCUGUAAUGAAUGACUUUAUCAGUCUCUGAGGAACAACUGUUAAGAAAAGAAAAGUAUUUGGUUUUUAAUGUGUGUGGAUGUGAGGACUGUGAAAUAUGUCUAGAAUGCCCUUUUUUAUAUUAUUUCCUGAUUAAUUAUUGUUAUUUAACCUCAUGAAUUAAAAAUAAACAUCUUGCUGGUC